AUGUAUAUAUCCAAAGAAAAAGAAAAUCGACGACCUGAAGGAGCAUUGAAUUUACCUUAUAAAUCGAAAAAUACUGCUCCUAGUGGUUCAUUACCAAAACGAUAUCGAAGUGUUUUUACUGAAGGUACACCAUUAACAUCAUUUGGUGUUCGAAAUGAUGAUAAUCAACAGCGGUCGCAUUCUCCACCUAAUCAUAUUCCUCCACAGCUUCAUCAACGACCACUUAAACCUGUCAAAGAAUUUCUUACAACACAUCCGGCAGUCGAUCAACAAGUAGAUGCUCGUCGACAUUCAAAUUCUCAAACAAAUACUUAUACUCGAUCUCAAACAGAAGCAACUAUAAACAAUGUAAAUGUAGCUUUGACGAAAUCAUUAAAUAAGCUACGUCCAGAACCAUUUAAUACAGCUACAAUAAAUGGUCAUUCAACACCAUUGUAUGCUGAACCAAUACCUGCACGACCGAUGACAACUCGUGUAGUAUCUCAUAAAAAUACUGGUACAAUAACAGCAUCAAGUUUUUAUUAUCAACCAACUAGUGGUACGAGAGGUCCUCUUCCAACGGAACUUAUAACAAGACGACCAAUAAGUUCAUUAACAUCAAAUAAACCAUCAAACGAAAUAUCGUAUAAUCGAAUUUCAUCUGGAACUGGUCCACUUAUUGCACAACAACCUACAACAUUCAUACACAAUGAAAUAAAAUCAACUAAGACUUCAAACAUACAUGAAUCCGCACCAUUACGUAUACCAGCUAAAAGUCUUGAUACAGGUUUACAUCAAUUAGAUGGAUCGAGUUUUAACAGUGAAACAGUUAAUGAACAUCCUGAUAAAUCUAGAAAAUCUAAAAAGGAAUUCAAUCAACAACCAAUAAUAAGAGCUACAGUUCGUACUGAAUCACCAACAUCACGUAUACGCAGUGGUGAUAGUCAACAUCGUUCAUUACCUGAAGUUAGUGUAAAUCCACAUAUUCAAAGUUCUGUACCAAAACCUAACGAACAAAUGCCACAAUCAUAUGAACCAAUUCGAAGUGGUGAAAGUCGUACAAAUCAUCAUCAUAUCCAAGUUGAACCAACAGAUACAUUUAAACGAAUAUCAUCUCCAAAUCAACAUCAACAAAUUAUUGAUGUUCAACCAAAAAAUACUGUUCAACAUCGACGAUCAACAUUACAAACUAAUUCAGCAACAAAUAUUCGUCAACCAUCGAAAAAUGAUCCACUUAAUGAAGCUUAUAUGGAACGAGAUAAUACUGGUGCACAAGUAUUGACUGUUGAAAGGACCAAUACACGUAUGAAUAAUGAUAGAACAUCAACAUUUAAACAAUAUACAAAUCAACAAGAAAGACGUAAUAAUUCAAUCACACCACCAUCCUCACCAACAACCCAUGAAUUAAAUAAAAUAUGGAGAAAACAAAGAAAUAAAUACUCUACUACAUCUGCGAGGGCAGCUUCAGGUGUUCGUCAAAAUACAAAACUUCAUCGACCAUCAUGCCGAUUAAAAAAUUAUGAAGAGGAAUCUGAUUCAGAAACGACUGCAACUGGAACUCACAGUAUGGCUCGUCAACAUGGUGUUCUACCAAGUGAUCUCGGUAGUGAUGCAUGGUCGGAUUUAACAAGUGAAUUUAGUGAUACUAAAUUACGUAAACAUCCACAUAUUCGAACAUCAACACCAAAUAUAACUCGACAUAGUUCAAGUAUAAGUUCAAAAGAAGUUGGUCAAAUACGCAAACAAUUAACUGAUCUUCAAAUAAUGUAUAAUGAUCUUCUUAAAUUACUUGAUAUUGAUAUUGAAUCGGUGAGAAGUAGUCUUAAAUCUAGUACUUCUUCUCAAGUUGAUCAUCAUGGUCGAAGACAUCGUUUUCGAAAAGUAAUGCCUAUUACGUCAGUGCGUCAAUCAACUCUAGAUAUGAUAGAAAUCAAUCAACGUUUUGCACGACUUGAAUCAUCCUUAGUAACAUUAGCUGAAUCAAUCGCUAAAUUAUCAGCACAAAUUCAAAUGCAACGUGUUAUUAAAGAUGAUGUUAACCAAUUACGUCAAGAAGUUGCUGAACUUCGUCAACAAUUGAAUCAUCAAAGUAUUCGACAACAAUCUGCAACACAUAUUAGUACAAAUGGUAUAACAUUAUCAACGUUACCAACAUCUCAUCAACCAACACGUUUAAUAAAUGCUAAUGUUCAACGUCUAGCUACUGCUAAUAGUUCAACUCCGUUAAAUAUUUCUACAUCUUAUAUGCCAUCAACAUCAACAAUACAACGUUCAAAUUCAAUUAUUGAUCCACGACAAGCACGAAAAAUUGAGCAAUUCUUUGGUACAGAAGCAAUGCUUCGUUAUUUUCUUAGUUUAUUAAAUUAUGAACAAUAUGCGCCUUUGCUUGAACAAGAAAAAAUUGGUAUUUAUGAAUUACCAUAUAUAAGUGAAAGAAAAUUACAAAGUCUUGGUAUACCAUAUGGACCUUGUACUCGUAUGAUUCAAGAAGCACAACAGUAUUUUAUUUCAUUAUUAACAUUAAGAUCGAGUGGAAUUGAUGUAUAA